CGCACCUCCUCCAUCUCUUCCCAUUUCGUCUCGACUCAUGAGCCCGCGCUAGCGAGACUCUCGACACUCCGCUCCCUCUCGCUUCUCCCCCCGCUCCUUCACUUCCCCCUCCCCUCUCCCAUGGCAGACCCAAAAGGCGGCGCGCUCCCAGCGGCCGCGCGCCGCGCCGCCUCCGCCUGGAUCGCUGGGCUGAGCCGCACGACGCUCGCUGUCCUCCUCCUCAUCAUUCUCAUGUUCAUCCACCUCGUCGGCCUUGCGACAUUUACCCACGGCUUCCUCUUGACGCGCCUGACGAUUCCCGAGGUGUCUCCAAUCUACAACUCCUCGCAUCCCGCCCCAGUGCCUGCGACGCACUCCAAAGCCGUGGUGAUUAUCAUCGACGCGCUCCGCACCGACUUCAUUACUCCAUUCCCACCUGAUCCUCCCAGCCCGUUUCACCAUGGCAUCCUCUCCCUCCCGGCAGAGAUGACGGCCGCCCACCCCGAGCGCAGCAUGAUCUUUGACUCGUUUAGUGACCCGCCUACCACCACCAUGCAGCGGAUCAAGGGUAUCACCACCGGCUCUCUGCCUACCUUUAUCGACGCCGGUGCAAACUUCGCUUCGACGGCGAUUGAGGAGGACAGCCUCAUCUCGCAGGCAGUGGCUGCCAACAAGUCGGUCGUCUUUAUGGGCGACGACACCUGGCUCAACCUCUUCCCUGACAGCUUCAGCGCUGCAUACCCCUACGACUCGUUCAACGUGGAGGACUUGCACACCGUGGACAACGGUGUGAUUGAGCAUCUCUUCCCCCAUCUCGAGAAGGGUGGAUGGGACGUGCUCAUUGGACAUUUUCUUGGUGUGGACCACGUAGGCCACCGCGUCGGACCAGACAGGGACACGAUGCGCGACAAGCUCGCACAGAUGGAUGCAGUACUCCGUCGCGUUGUCGCCGAGCUCGACGACGACACGCUUCUUGUCGUCCUCGGCGACCACGGCAUGAAUCCCAAGGGUGAUCACGGCGGCGACAGCCCUCUCGAGACAUCCGCCGGUCUGUGGCUGUACUCGAAAUCAACGCCAAUCAACCACGCCUCCCACAGCGACUCCUACGCGGAGGAGGAGGGCCUGCGCCAGAUCAACCAGAUCGACCUCGUGCCCACACUCGCGCUCAUGCUCGGCUUGCCGAUCCCGUUCAACAAUCUGGGCAACAUUAUCCCGGAGGUGUUUGUUGACGAGCCGGAAAACUUUGCCGCCGCCGCCCGCGCAGUCACAAAGCAGAUCGAGCGGUACAUUCACGCGUACGGCAACGCCGCGGUUCUUUCUACUUUCGCAGAGUGCCGACGGGAGUACGCCGAAGCGCACGCAUCAGGCGUGCCCGUGCUCGCGGCCGACGCGGACAUGAACACGAACACUCGCGUGCUCGAAGCCCUGCGUGAGCUCUGGGCACAGUUCAGCGUGGCACACAUUGUCAUGGGAGUGAUUCUCCUAGCCCUCGGCGUCGCGGCCACCAUCGCGCUCUACCUCGGCGUGAGGAACGGCGGGCCCAAGUGGGACCAGUACGUUCGCAUGGCGCUCGACACAGCCGUCUCUGCUGGCGCGGGCGUCGGCUCCGUUGCCGGCACUGUCGCGGGUAUUUAUACUCGGGAGCCGAUCCAGGGCCUGCAGGUCUUCUUCUCCGUCGCGGUCGGUACCGCAAGCGCCGUGCUCGCCGCGCCUCUCUUCGUCCGCGGGACGUGGAGUGCGUCGAUCACGGGCACGCUGCAGCAGGCGAUCGGCCCUAUCAUUCUUCUGUUGCACGCAUUGUCGUUCGCGUCCAACUCGUUUGUGAUGUGGGAGGACCGCAUGGUCGUGUUCCUCCUUGUCUCCCUCGCCCUCUUCCACGUCCUGCGGGCCCUCACGGCGCCUCAAGCGUCUCUCCGCCUCCGAAUCCUCGGCUUUGGCAUCCUCUUCGCCUUCCUUGUGCGCACGCUCGGCCUCUCUACGGUAUGCCGGGAGGAGCAGCAGCCAUACUGCAGCGUGACGUUCUACGAGGCAAACGGGUCCCCGAAGUGGAGCGUGUACGGGCUCAUCCCGUUUGUCUUCAUGCUGCUCCCGCGCGUGGUCGCGAUCGUCCUCGGCUGGUCCAAAUCGUAUGCUGGGCCGGCCCCCGUCUUCGUGGCCGUUAUCUGGCGCGCCGUCGUCCUUCUCGGCGGCCUGUACUGGUGCCUGGAGUGGAUGGAGACGUGGGACGGGCUGCAGGCCGAGCGCGUGCCGCUCGUCAAGAGCGUGAAGCUGUGGCUGGCGCGCUUCGCCAUGUCCGCCGUCUUCGGCCUCAUGCCCUACAUCUGGGCGUCUUCCGGCCUGUGCCUCGACAUCGAGCGGGAGAAGGACCAAACGGGCGAGCGCGAAGACGAAGUGACAGUGCUGGGAUACGGCAACGCCUUCGGCUCGACAUACUUCCUCUUCGUGCUUAUGGGCUUUGCGCUCGUGCAGCUAGUCUCGACGCCGCUGGCCCAAUUCGUGCUCGGCGGCGCGAUCAUUGCCGUCAUCGCCCACCUCGAGCUCACGGACAGCCAGCGCGACGCGGUGCUCCUGCACUCGAGCUUCGUGCAGGACACCGCCGCGGGCGCGGGCGCGGGCGCGUUCGACGCGCCGCGCGACGCCAUGGUCCGCCCGUCCUUCACGGACGCGGUGCCGCUCGCGCUGCUCGGCAUCCUCGCCUUCUUCAGCACGGGACACCAAGCUGUGCUCGCGACGAUCCAGUGGAAGUCGGCGUUCGUCGGCUUCGAGACCGUCACGUACCCGUGGUCGCCGCUCCUCGUGGUCCUGAACACAUGGGGCCCGACGGCGCUCAUGGCGCUCUGCGUGCCGCUGCUCGCGACGUGGAACGUCUCGCCCCGCCCCAACGCCUCGGUCCCCGUGCUCGCGCACACGCUGCAGAUGGCGCUCGCGUUCAGCACCUACUUUGCAACGAUUACGCUCGCGAGCGCCACAACGGCCGCAUGGCUCCGCAGGCACCUUAUGGUCUGGAAGGUGUUUGCGCCGCGCUUCAUGCUCGCGGGCGUCACGCUCGUCGUCGUCGACCUCGCGCUCCUCGUGGCUGUCGGGUUCGGGCUGCGUAUCACAAGCUGGAAGGUGUGGCGCACGUUCAAGAGCGUGAGCGUGUAGCAGACCCAAAUAUCGGCCGUUCGUCGCCACAACCAUAGAAACACAUAGGAAUAUGCAUCAUGUCUUGCUGACAUGUCUGGAGAGCGC